AGAACAUUCAGAGAAUCAUCCCCUGUUACUAGGUAUAGAAAUUGAGGACUGAGUACGUAUCACUCUUUAGAUUGGGUUGGACCAUUUUAAACUACACAACAACACAAAACAAAACGCAAUUCUCUUUUUCUCUCCUCUUUCUCUCUCUCUGUGUGUAAAUGACUAUCAAUGGCGGCGACUACUUCUACGCCCUUUCUCUAUCUCAUCUUAUCUAAUCCUCCACCUGUAAUGGACAAUAAGUCGAAAUUACAACAACCCAUGUUCUAUCCUCUCUUCUUCUUCACCUUCUGUCUCCUCUCCCUCUCCAUUCUCAUCUUCUCCCUCUACAAAAGACUCAAGAGAACAGAGCAACAAGCUUCGAACUCGAUUAUCGAAUGUCCUCUCUCGAAAAUUGUAGAUAAUACCCAACAAACCCAUGAAUCAAACCUCACCCAGUUGACCCAUUCGCUUCUUCUUGAGAUCUUACCAUCCAAUUCGCCCAAAUGGGAUACUCUGUUCAGUGAUGAGGGGUGUGGUGAACCGGUUCCAAAAGGGCCGGGUUUGGAUAGGGAAAGGGUUGAUUCGGGUGGGGAAGAUUGUGGGAAGAAGAGUAAGAAGAAGAAGAGAGCGAAGAAGAAGAGGUCUAAUUCGAACUCUGAAGACGGUGGCGAUGGGAGGUGUGUGGGGAAGGAGGGAUUGGGGGCGAAGGAGAAGCAAGAUUUGGUGUGUCUGUAUCCCUUUACGUCGUCGUCUAGUGUAACACAGAGGAAGAUCAAGCAACAAUAUGAUCAGCUUGUGAAGUCCCAUGAGGCUAAUGGCUUGACACUGGCUCAGGUUGGACAGUUUGUUAAUUGCUUGGUUGAGGCAAGAAAUGAGCUAAAGCACAAGUCUGAGGUCAUCCAACGGAAGUUCACAAUAACAAAGGCUCUACUAUUCAAGGCAGACAGGUCUUCAUUUGACCGUCUUCAUCAACAGAUAUAUAAGCUAGAAUUAGAACAGAAGAGAUUAGAAGAAGAUGCAUUUGUAUAUAACUGGCUCCAGCAACAGCUUAAGCUUUCGCCAGCAUACAAGAAGAUGCUUGAAAUUGGUGCCUGCAUGGCAUUGAAAGCCAAAUCUGGUGAGCUGAUGGAAAGCACAGAUAGCACAGAUACUGAGUUUGACGAAAUUUCAUUUGAAGAGUUACUAGCACAGGAGAAGAAAGAUUCUUUUUGGCAGAGAAAUGGCAAACCUAGAUCAUGCUCAGGCUGAUGGUCGGCGUUGCUUGCGAAUGUGCUAAUUGGUUUUACUAACAGCAGCAUUCACAAUCUAAUACCCCAAAUCAAGCGCCAUUUCUGCAAUUUUACAUGGCCAUAACAAUUUAUCCUCUUUUUGGGUUUUCCUGCCAAAAGCUAAGCUAAUCUGCCCAAGCAUAUGUCGAAGUAUAUUAUAUGCCAUAUUUUGUUCUCCUCUGAUUACUACAACAUGCUCAUCAUUCAAGUUGAUUUUUUAUUCUUUUUA